UUGUUUCAAGGCAUGAGAUUCACGUGACUGGCCAGGUAGCUUGACCCGAUGUAAGAGCGCAGCUCAUUCGCUACGAAUUUGACGUCAGGCCAAUGGAAGCGCGUUUACUUCGUGAGAGCGUGUGGAAGGCACAUAACCCGUUUGACAUCAAUACAUGCUAGUGCUGUGGAACUGACUUGGUGAGGGAGUUCAAACAAGGGAGUGGGUUAUCGUGCUGUGUGCAGUUCGUGCUUUGCGAAUAUUUUUUUCUAAUUUUACCGUUUUUACGUUUAGAACAAUAAUGAGUAUUGAGGCACUGUUGCAGGCUGCCGAAUACUUAGAAAGGCGAGACAGAGAAGCCGAACAUGGAUAUGCGUCCACAUUGCCAAUGCCAGAAGAUCUCAUUCACAAAAGGCCAAAGACUAAGAAAUCUCAGGGAAGCAGGACGACCCACAAUGAACUGGAAAAAAAUAGGCGGGCCCAUCUCCGCAACUGCCUGGAGAAGCUGAAGGAGAUGGUUCCGCUGGGACCGGAGGCGUCGCGCCACACCACCCUAGGACUGCUCACGAAAGCCAAGCGGUUCAUCAAGAACCUGGAGGAGAAGGAGAGGCGGCACGCGGCGCACAAGGAGAACCUGGGCCGAGAGCAGCGCUACCUGAGGCGGCUGCUGGAGCAGCUGGCGUGCAAGCACGGGCCGCUGCCCGCCGCCGUCGCCACCGCCACCGCCAAGAGGCGCUCCGUGUCCGAGUGCUCCAGCAGCACGGCCUCCAGCACGCACUCCUCCAGCUACUUCUCCAGCUGCCCCGACACGUGGCCGCCCUACGUGUCGUCGCGGCCCACGUCCAAGUCCUCGGCGUCCGUGUCCUCCGUCUCCGAGUCAGACGAGGUUGACGUUAUUGGGUACACAAGCAAUCAAAGUGAUACGGAUGAUCACAGCAGCGUCCAAUCGAUCUCAAGUGAUAGUGGGGUGGCCAUGUCGACUAGCCGUCUCACGCUGUCAGAAAUGGAGAUAAUGUAGGUGUGUUGUAGGUUGGCGAGCAUGUAACCGGAGCAGGGGAGGGACAAGGAGAGCUGCCCUACCGGGGGAGAGACCCAACUGUUCACCACCAUGUAUAUGUAUAUGUUCACAAGCGCCAGUAACUUUGUGGAACCCACCAAUGUAUGCCUUCUCUAGUCAAUAAGGCAAAACUCUCUGUAUUAUAAAAGGAAGCAAAAAAAACAAUUGGAUAUCUUGAAGAGCACACACAGCAGAUUGUGUGUUUACUAUUUAUGUAAAAUUGUAUAUAUAUUUUUUUUAAAGAAAGAGAGAGAUUUUAAAAUAACCUUUUUUAUGCUAUCUGAUACGUCUUGGGACUCCAUCUGCUGGGCUGGGAGUUGAUUUUAUUUUGUGUCAUUUUAAUGUAUUGUGUAUUUUGAGACUAAGUAAUAUUUGAUUUUACUUAAUAUGAUAAUUCUUGUGUUGUUGGUUAACACAAAGUUCUAAAUUAAAAAACAAACAAAUCAAUGAAAUUAUAAAUUAUGCACAGAAGUGUCACAAGUACUUUUUUAGAAGUUGCAGACCUUUUUAAAUUACACUUAUACAUCUCAAAAUGUAUAAUGACAUGUUUCUUGCAAUAUUUCAUGCAAGAAUUUGAAAUUAAAAUAAAAUCCAAGCCAUUGUUUGUUGUUAAAUAAAGUUUAUAUUUCAAACAGUUUUGUUGUUGGUAGUCACAUGUGACACAUCAUUUCAGAGGGAAGGGAGAAAAUAAAAAAAUAGUAAAUCAAUUAAAAUGUAUAAAAAAAAUAUGUAUGAAUAUUUUUUGAAGUGGAUGUUGAUGGUUACUGGUCAAGAGAAUGUAACUUUCUCCUUUGAAGUACUGAAAUGUAAAAUAUUAGUGUGUGGUAUGAAGUAAUGCAAAGAAGUGGACAUGCGUUAGUUCAACUACAGUUAUAUAAUUUAGUUGUGAGCCGAAGAUUUGGAACAGUUACAGCCAAAAGUGUUCCAAAACUAUUUUCACGGCAACAUCGAGUUGUCCGUGUGUGUGCGUGAGGCUUCAAGAUCAAGAUCUCUUGCUCUUCAAGAGGAAGGUCCGUGUCCCUCCGGUACUCCUAGAGACUCGCAGUAAAUCUUUGCAGCAAGAUUGAUUGCAUGGGAAGUGGGUAUAAAGCAGUGUUGAGCAUAUUCAAAGAGUACAAAUUCUAUGUAAGUCCCAUUAUCAUAAAGGGAACAUUUUGUGUUUAAUUUUGUUUGGGAAAUUUUUUUGUUACAGCAGGUAGUGUUAGAAGGUUUUUCGAGGCGGUUUAUUUUUCAUUAGUUUCCAGAGUAAAAUAUUUUGCGAGGAGAAGCAUGUUGGUGUGCAGUUUGCGACCUCCACAAAGUAAAUUUCCUCGCUGACUGACCAACUGGCCAGAUAAACCUCAAAAUGCAUUACCUGCUGUAAUGCUUUCCAGUGUUAGAAUGGAGCCUCUUGAAGCAGUGUGCAUGUGCAUGGUGUGUGAGUAAAUGUGUGUGUGUUGAUUCUCACAAAAGAUAGUUCAAGAUGCAAGGCACCAAUUUAAAUGGCCGACUUGUAGACUGCAUCCAGAAGAUUUUCUCUCUUUGUAUUUGAGCUGCCGUGGUGGUAGUCCCUUUGUUAAAUGUUUGGAGAUAAGAUUCUCUGUAUGAACGUGGGUAUCUAUGAAAAUAAUACAUGUACUAGUAAUCUGUUGCGUAGGACACCUUCUUAAGCUGCCUAGAAGGAAAGUUUUCUAUGUAAAAAUUUGUUCACACUUUCAGAUGUGUUUUCCAGCAAUGUGCUUGUUGCAUUUAAGGUUGAGUGGGGUAUAGCCAGAAGAAAACUUCAUUUUUAAAUGUGAGUAGAGUCUAAAAAAUGUCAUAUGAAAAUAAAAUCUGGCAAUAAAAUCUGGCUUACGAAAAAUUAAGUAUUUUAUGGCUCAGUGGUAGUUUUUAUGACAGUCAAGGCAGUAAACAGCACGAAGAAUAGUUUCGCUCCUUAUACUGUGUUAACGAAAUGCAAAUUAUUUCUUACUGCUACAUUUUUACCACAGCGAUGAUGCAAGUUCGUUUCCCCUGUUCUGGCUAAGCUACCAAGAAUUAUGAAUGUAGUCGUAAUAUCGCAAGGGUAUAAACGUGUGAUGUCUUGGUGGUAGUUGCCUGAUUAGGAACAGGCAUGUUUACAUGCAAGUCAGAAUUUAACGCUUUGGCAGGUUGAAAAAACCUCAUGUAUUUUUUAAAUUUAAGAAGUUAUUACAUAUUGAAUAUGUAGUUUGAAGAAAAUAAUGGACAUUGGUUACGGUUUAUCUGCACAUUACAAGAGCAUUGGAAGUUACUUUGCCUUUCACAUUUGCAAUGUGUGUGGUGUACAUGUACGGUAUGCAUUUCUGAAAGUAUACUGGGCAUUUUCUGAUUUAGUUGCAGCAGAUUGUUUGGGGAUUUAAGCUGUAAUAAGUUAUUUUAUAUUGGAGGUUAUUUUAAUGCUGAUGAGUCCUGUAUCAGUCUUGUACCUAAUAAUUUUUUUAUGAUUCACAUAAUCCCAUAAAUCUUUUAUAUAAUCUUGAAUUAUUUAUACUGGCUUAUCUAUGCUUUUGUAAAUAAAUUAUCAUACUUGUUAUAAAAAAAAAUUUCAAUGUAUAUAGGCUAUAUUUCAAGCCCUAUCUAUAACUGCAGCUCCCAGUGAUAUAGAUAGUGAAAAUGCAGUUUAAAGUUUAUGAAUAAUGAUUUGGGACUGUGAAGACAGUUUAAUUUUUUUAAGACUGUAUUCGUGAGUAAAAGUAUAAUUCUUAUGUGUUUUGAACAAUAAAACUGUUUUUAUAUGAAAUGGACUAGUUUCCAUCUCUGUUGUAAAUGGUGCCUAAACCAUCUUGCCAUAUGAACUUGCGCAGUUUAUUAAAAUAUGUAAGUCAGUACAGACAUCUGGCAUAGUUCUGGCAACUUGCAUGUAAACAUGUCUCUCUUCUGUCAAUUCAUGCAGACAGAAAAUUUCCACUGUUUAUACGGGCAUUUGUCGACUAGCGUGCUAGCAGUUCGAUAUUCAUAUUGGGCCGAUGUUGUAUGUGACCAGUUUUUACAUAGAUCCUUAACUAAAAACAUUUGAUGUUAGGUAUUAUCGUUUUUGGAUAUUUGUUUAAUGUUCAUGAUAUCUGGAUAUAAAAAUAGUAACAGCCAGCAGUUAUUGAUACAUAGUAAGAUUGAUGUUCACGCCUUCAUAGCUCAACCUAGAGUGCAAAUUGCUUUUUACCAGUAAUGCAUGUUGGGUAGGCUGAUCAUUUCUUUAAUGUUCCCCCUAGCCCUCAAACUUUUCCCAGAUACCUUUCGGGUUUUUAAGGAAGCUAGGAUAAUUUAUAGAAAUAGUUACGUCGGUACUUUGGUAAUUUUUGAUAUCUUUUGUGUUUGUUUUUUAUGGAAUGUCGUAAGUGUUGUACAUGUCACAUAGUUUCAUUUACUGUGGGCCUAAAGUAAUGUAAAUGUUGACAAACAAGUUUACUAAUGGUUAACUGCCGUAUGUUUUCUGUAGAACUAAAUUCAAUUAAAUGAUUAAUGCAAAAGUAGUAGAAGCAGCUUGAGAUAAAGUUUGUAGUAGGUAAGAACUUUUUAAAUAAUUUUUUUUUGACUUUGAUGGGAGAUUGGGUUUUUAUCUAUUGUUUUAGUUAACCCUCUUGUAAAUGUUAUUACAUGACCUUGUUCAUACGUAAUUUAUUUAAAAAUUAAAUUACCAUUACUAUUUUUGUUUCAGUUUUAAAACCAUUAUUUUAAUCUAUUAAAUUGGUAGUUAAUUCUUUUCUCAAGUGUAAAAAUAAUAAAAUCAAUCUAUCUAUUCAGUUACAAGUAUAUGAACUACGUUCAGAUGCCUUGAUAAAGUCAGAUUGUGAGACUUGGAAACUGCUCACCCCCAAAGGUCCAUAUGCCACACAUUGCAUUUUUGGCAUGUCAUUUGUGUUUGCGGAUAUGUGAACAAAAUAAUUUGCCUCACGCUUUUUUUUAAGUGUAGGCAGCGCAAAGAGACUGUUUGUAGAUUUGGGAAUUUUUUUUUGCUGUUUCUCAGCUUUUUUUUUAGAAGAGGGUUGUAUAUAAUUUUUACAGUAUUACAUUGUAAGUAGAUGAUGCAUUUCUGUAAAUUAAAUUGACUAGAACUUUUAUUUUACUAUUGCUUUCAUUUUGAAAGUGAUUGAUUUUUAAGAUGUGCUUAUUAUAUUUAGCAUUCUGAUGACUGAAAUGCUGGACAGUUGAACUCAACUGUGCGUUCGCUCUUCUCACAUCCUGCGCGUGGGCAGUGACGGCUCGUGGCUCGCGAUUCCUGCUAAUGGUUUUAACGCUUUCCGUUUAAACUUUAGUUGAUAGUCAUUUUUCUUUGCACAGAGGUAAACCUUAGACCAAAUAUUUGUUAGAGUGGUUGUGUGUGCGUUAUGAUUUGUCAAAAAUGAGAGGGAAAUACAACGAAGUUUGCAAGUGUGCCAGUGAAAUUGCAAUCUUUCGGCCAGCAUACGGGAACAUUUCUGAGUUGAUGGCGGAGGAAAGUGGUGUUUCAUGGAAUUGUGUACUUUGUCAAGCUUUCGGUGUAAUGCACACGGAUUGGGCUCUCAAAGCAAGUUUCUUUGUACCAAACACAUGGGCUUAGACCUUAGGUUCUAAGACCCAAUGAAGCAGUGUUGAUGUCUGUUGAUCAUUACAAUGCCCCUACUAAAGUGGUGUAGAGACGAAGGUUCCAGUGUUUGCAGAAUAUCUAUAGUGAAUUUUCAUGGAAACAAGAUAAUACUAGUUGGACUAGAAAUAUAUUUAUCAGAAUUGUACAGCAAGUUAGUGAUAAUUUAUGCCUCCCAUUAUCUCUUUUUACAAUAAUUUGGAACAAAUAAAUUAUUAAAUUUCUAUCUGGCAAUAGGUAUAUAGCUGAAAGUUGUCUCCAAAUCAAGUUGUAAUACCUAUUGUUUUUUAAAAAAAGUUUAUGUAAACCAUUUAUUACAGGAAAUUGAUAUAAUUCAUGGAUAGCAAGUCAUAGUAAACUCAUUCAAAAAAUUUACGGAAAUAGGUAAAAGAGUUUUACUGUCAACAAUAAGACAAGGUUGUAAAAAUUUGUUUGUCUGAAACAGCUAAAAGAAAUAUGCUGUGCUCUUCUUUCUUUCCCUUUGAUUUCAUUUCAAUAAACAGGAUUCACCAAUUUUUCCAAUAACCGUGUAAUUAGUUAUUUCUAUUGCUCCAUGUAAUGAUGGUGUAGUUUCCCAUCUUUGAAAGAUAAUCAGAAGCAAAAUUUAAUUAUUUUUUUUUUUUACGAUUGUCUGGAAUGUAUUGUGGAAAAUAAUUGACAACCACAAAGCUUUUUUUUUUUACUUUUACAAUUUUGUGCCAGUGAAGGUUUUGAUGUAGCUACUCCACAAUUUUCAUCCUUAACCUUAAAAGUUUAAAAAGUUAAGCUCUCCAGGUAUGAUUGGCACAAUAUUUUGGAGGACCCAUGGCAGAUGUGAAAAAUUUAGUUUUGAUUACUACUUGCAUGUUCAUGAAGAUGUGAUUGAUUAGUCUAUGAGCUGCUGACAAACUUGUUUUCAUUUCACUUGAAUAACUUGAGUUCCUAAUGGCUGCACCCAUAAUUUUCAAAGGGCAUUUUAGCUAAGUAAGUGUUCAGACAUGUAAUUUUCAUGUUAGUCACAUAUACCUUGUAUUUAUCUUAUUUGUUUUAGGUAAGUUGUACUAAUACAAACAAAUUGCAACUUUCAAGGUCUUAUUUCUACCUAGUUCAUAUGUUAUGGUAUGUGGAAGAAAUGGUGAAUUGAAUCGUUACAAAAAUGACUUGUCAUUUAACACAAAAUACUUAAAUUCACAGACUAUAUAUGCUGUUUCAACACAUGGCUUGGUAUAACCAGUUGAUAUUUCUCUUAAACUUAAUAAUUUUUUUUUUUACUGAGAGCAAUGUGCAUAAUUUGGGGCUGUGCAUUGAACCUUAUUUUGAUUGUAAAUAUACGUGUGCAUGUCGGCCGAAAGGAGCUGUGCAAACUUGGUUUCGCUGUGUGAUGGUCUGUUUGGGGUACACCUUGUACCCAAGUUAUGUGGGACCAAUUCAAUCUUAACAAGUGAAUGUGCACAUUUAAGUGCAUGAAAAGUGACUUUGAAGAGUAAAAAUGGAUAUUUAUGAUGCAGAUAAUAUAUAUGUAUACACUUGAUAGAAAAAAUAUAAUUUCUUUUUAUGUCUUAGUUGGCUAUUUUCUUCAUAAAAUUUAUUUUAUUGUUGUUUUAUAUUGAGAGGGUUUAUUUGUAAAUGUUUCUUUGAUGCAUUAUUUUUGGAGCUUGAGAACUACGAAUUGAUGCCUCUCCAAUUUGUGACACAUUAAACAUGACUGUUAGAUAAUGUAAAUUACAUGGAGCGGGUAGUGGCGAUAGCCAUUGGUUUUCAUUGUGUGACAAAAAUUCAAUAUUUAAUAUCUUGACAGUGAUUGGGGGCACCCAAAACACUUGGGCCCUGUAGUGUGUCCAUAUGUGCUAGACUAUUAUUUCAAACCUGUGUUGCGCGACUGUUAUGCUGGUUGCUGGAGGUGGAAAAGGCCUGGACUACGUGCAGUAUAAAGUUUAGGCUGUUACAGACACUGCAUGAAGCAGUCAAGCAUCUGCAAGAUGUGCCGAGUGUGUAUCAUUAUCCACAACAUUAUUCAUCACAUGCACCAUUCCUAAGCCUUAUAAUUUUGAUUGGUCCAAAUCUUUUAAAAAGUAUAUUGUGUUUGCAACUGUUUUUAGCUAAGAAAUGCCUGAACUGUUACUGUGCAAGGCACGGCCCAUUCCUCUUCAACAGCCCACGUUAUUCAAUGUUUUAAAACAAAAAAUAAUUCAAUAACCAGUUCACGAAAAUAUCCAGCUGGCCACCUCGCUCACUGUGGUUUGUGUAGCAGUGUUGUACAGUUGAUAUCGGAAAACUAAUUUGUUUGCAAUUGUGUUUUGAUCUUCAUAGUUAAAAAAAAAUGUGCAUAUAACAGAUAAUUUAACUGCUUAGCAUUUAUUUUAUCUUACAAAGGUAAUAUUUUAUAAACAGUAGUACAAUAAAUAAUUAAAUUAAAAUCUUUUUAAUAAAUUACAGUGAUGUUCCUAACAAGAGGCUGUAACCAUGUUGAAAAUUUUCACUAUUUUCAAGGUUCACAAAAUUUUGUUUUCGGUUAAAUAUUUUAUCAUUGAAGUAUUUGUUAAAAGUCCCGUUAGGUUGCUUUAACUAGCAAUUUACACAUUUUUAUGUUUCCAGAAUAGAUGGAAGAUUUUCAUAAAAGUUUUGCUUUACAAUGCAACCUUCACUCAACAGUCGAGAGGUAACUGAAUAUUGUCGUGAACUUAUGUGAGGCUACAAAUUAAUGAGGCUAAUUUUUUUAAUAGCAUAGCUCUUUUUAAGUGAAUGAAAUUUAAUGGUAUUUUAAAAUCACUUUGAAUUUAAUGAUUUUAAUCAGUUUAAAUCUUUUUAAUUUGAAGAUAAUGAAAUAGAAAAGGCUAUGAUUUGCAGAGCAUGAUGUAAAUAAGAGACUGGAAUAAAUAUAAAUACUUGUUUUAGAGUGCUUGAAGUAGCUGCUUGAAGUGGUUUGGUUCAGUUGUGAAUACUUGUGUGUAGUAUGUAGUGAACACUAGUGCAUCAGUCUGUAAUGUUAUCUCACCUGGAUGCAGCCUGCCCUGAGGCUUGUAAUAGUUCUGUAACUGGGAGUCGAGCUAACACUGCAGAGGCUGUAGAUCAUCAGCUCUUCAAUGUGCGUGCUUCUUUUAGGUCGCAUUCGAGAAGAAAAACAAUGUGAGUGUGUGUGUGUGUAUGUGUGUGCAAAACCAAACAAAAAUUUUUAAUAGUACCUUUCAAUGUUGAAAAAAAAAAAAUCAAGAGCUUGGAGAACUUCUUCACAAAUAAAUAUUAAAAACCUACAAUUGAUGAAGUACUACUGUGUGUUUAAAAACGUACAUAGGGUUAUAUGUACAUCCAGCACUACAAAGUUUUGUCUGAAAAUAUAUUUGGUCUGUCUGAAGGUAUUGGAAAUUCAAUACAAUUUGGAUAUGCAAAAUAUAUUGAAGUAAUAAAUUUUUGUGUAGAUAA